AGUGCCCUCUGUCACUCAGAGCUGCAGCUGGCACGGGGAGAACUACCUGUCUGUCCCUUUGGAAUACAGAUAAGAGGAGGAUCAGGACAGCAUGAGUUCCAAGCCAAAGUCAGUGGGGAUCAUCGGAGCUCCUUUCUCAAAAGGACAGCCACGAGGAGGGGUAGAAGAAGGCCCUGCAGCACUGAGAAAUGCUGGCCUCACUGAAAAACUUAAGGAACAAGAGUGUGAUGUGAAAGAUUAUGGGAACUUGGUCUUUGCUGAUGUGCCUAAUGACACCCCCUUUCAAAUUGUGAAGAAUCCAAGAACUGUGGGCAAAGCUAAUGAGCAUCUGGCUGGAGUGGUAGCCGAAGUGAAGAAGAAUGGGAGAACCAGCUUGGUACUUGGCGGGGAUCACAGUUUGGCGAUUGGAAGUAUCUCCGGCCAUGCCAAAGUUCAUCCUGAUCUCUGUGUCAUUUGGGUAGAUGCACAUAGUGAUAUCAACACUCCUCUGACAACCCUAAGUGGCAACUUACAUGGACAGCCUGUGUCUUUCCUUCUGAAAGAACUAAAGGGACAGAUCCCUGAUAUUCCAGGAUUCUCUUGGGUGACACCCUGCUUAUCAGCUAAGGACAUUGUAUAUAUUGGGUUGAGAGAUGUGGAUCCUGGUGAACAUCGCAUCCUUAAAGAUCUGGGUAUUAAAUUUUUUUCAAUGACUGAAGUGGAUAAGCUUGGAAUUGCCAAGGUGAUGGAAGAAACACUAAGUUACUUAAUAGGAAGGAAGAAAAGACCAAUUCAUCUGAGUUAUGAUGUAGAUGGGUUGGAUCCAUCUCUGACACCGGCUACCGGCACACCCGUCCCUGGAGGUCUAACUUACAGAGAAGGUCUCUAUAUCACAGAAGAAAUCUGUAAAACAGGGCUCCUCUCGGGAUUAGACAUAAUGGAAGUCAAUCCAUCCCUUGGAAAAACACCGGACGAAGUAAACCGGACAGUGAAUACUGCUGUUGCAUUAGUUUUGUCCUGCUUUGGAGUAGCUCGAGAGGGCAAUCACAGAGCCAAUUGACUGUAAAUAAGUCUGAAUAAUUCUGAAAAGGAACUGGGGGGGGAUAGGUAGGGGGUGGGCAGAGAAUUGAUUAAGAUUCAAUGCUGGCUAACAAUGAGCAACUCUAAAAAUUGCGCUUAAGCUUACACUUUCCCCAAAGCCUUUUGCCAAUAGGUAGAUAAUCCCUUCUUUAGUGUGAAAUCAAAGUAUUUUUGUUUGCCCUUUAGCUGUAAUCAAGGGAAAAGACUUAUAGUGACCUUGGGGAAGAGAUAUGUAAACUUGAGGCUAACUCAUUAAUUUGUUACAACAAACAUGUAUGUAGUGAAAACCAGUAACAGGAAGCAAAUAUUAUGUGUGCCUGUACUGGAAAUAUAUGCUAGAGACUAAACAGGUUACAGCAAGGAUCAUAUUCAUUCAUCUGAGUUUUUAGUUCUUUUUAUAGGGAAGAAUAGCUUCAAUAAGACCUAUGCCUUCCCAUUCUUCCACCAAUAACACUGGAGAUUUAUUUUUAUAUGAGAAAUAUUUGCCUGAAUAAUUUAAAGUCUGUGAAGGGGAAAUGCCUUGUUAUGAAGUUUCUUUCUUCUAAAAUGUCUGACUACUAAUAAAAACACUUGGUCAAAUUUA